UACGAUAGCGUAUCUGUGGGAAAAAUCAUUUUCAUCGCAGACGAAAACAUACUCAAUUACAAAGUUAAAAACCAUGUUCGUGUUAUAAGCAGUUGCAUUCGUCGGUUGUGUAUCGUUGUCUAUCGAUUGAGUUCUAGAAGGAAGAGCGUUCAGAUCAAAUAUGAAGUUUCUGAUAGCUUUUUGGGCUUUGAUUGGGCUAUCACUUGCUCAAUGGGAUCCGCAGGUUUCGAAUGGACAAGCAAUUGUCCACCUGUUCGAGUGGACGUGGGCAGAUAUUGCGGAUGAAUGCGAAAGAUGGCUGGGCCCAAAUGGAUUUGGAGGCGUGCAAAUUUCCCCGCCCAACGAACAUGCCGUUAUAACGAGUCCGAGUUACCCGUGGUGGCAGCGUUACCAACCGGUCAGCUACAAGCUUGGCAGCCGCAGUGGCACUGAGGCGGAGUUCGUAGAUAUGGUUACCCGUUGUAACAACAAAGGAGUUCAUAUCUACGUUGACGCUGUUAUCAACCAUAUGUCUGCACAAAGCUCUGGGGUUGGCUCAGACGGAAGUUCUUUCAGUGCAAGCUCCCUCAGUUUCCCAGCUGUACCUUACAGCAGUCUUGACUUUAACUUGGCUUGCUCUAUAAACGACUACAACGACCAGAACCAAGUCCGUAAUUGUAGAUUAGUUGGUCUCCCAGACUUAGCGUUGGGUAAAGAGUACGUGCGUGGUAAGAUUGUUGACUUUAUGAACACAUUGAUUGGAUAUGGUGUUGCUGGGUUCCGCGUUGACGCCUGCAAACAUAUGUGGCCUGGUGAUCUCCAAAUCAUUUACGACCGGUUAGACGACCUCAACACAAAAUGGUUCAAAAGGUAUUCAAGACCUUUUAUCUUCCAGGAGGUGAUAGACCAAGGUGGUGAGGCAAUCAAAGCUACUGACUACACCGGCUUAGGUCGUGUCACCGAAUUCAACUACGGAUUAAAACUUGGUGAUUGCUUUGUUGGAGAGGACAAACUCAAGUACUUAAGUAACUUUGGUGAGGCUUGGGGUUUAAUGAACGACGGCAGUGCACUUGUCUUUAUUGACAACCACGAUAACCAGCGAGGCCACGGUGGCGGAGGCCAUGUCCUUACCCACGAGUCCCCAAAAUCAUACAAACUUGCAAACGCCUUUAUGCUGGCAUGGCCAUAUGGCUUUCCACGUAUCAUGAGCAGUUACUUCUUCUCAGGCACUGACGAAGGACCGCCAUCCUCCUACAAAGGCCAAACAAAAUCUGUCACCAUUAAUUCAGACAACACUUGUGGAAAUGGGUGGGUUUGCGAACACAGAUGGCGGCAGAUUAAAAACAUGGUUAAAUUCAGGAAUGUGGCGGAGGGUACCGAUGUUAACAAUUGGUGGGAUAACGAUAACCAAGCGAUUGCGUUUAGCAGAGGGAAUAAGGCAUUCUUGGUCAUUAAUAAUGAUUCUUAUAGAAUUAAAGAAUGGUUGUCCACUGGUCUACCUGCUGGAACCUACUGCGAUGUGAUCUCUGGUGACUACACUGGUAGUAAAUGCACCGGCCCCACGAUCACAGUGUACGCUGAUGGCAGAGCCUAUUUCGACAUUAGUAACUCUAGUGAUGAUCCUAUGAUCGCCAUUCACGUUGACGCUAGGCUUUAAAGUAUAUGCGUAUAAAAUCUGAUAAAAAAGAAAACCUAAAAUUUCAAAUAAAACAUUCCCGAUUUGAGGUAGUUGUUAGUUUUAGAAACACUUAUGUGUUGGGUUUCAGGUUUUAAAGACGAUUUUAAAUUGUGCAAUGCGCCAUAUAAGUCUAUUACCAUUUCCAUUACAAUUUAAAUUUUUCAUUUAAUAGUAUCAUAAAAUAAACUUCAAUGAAACUAGUCUACAAGACUCCCUAAAUUUACUGUUAACUGAUAGGUUCUGUGCAAAGAAUGUAUGGAUAAUGCGAAAAAUAUUUUUCUUCUUUUGUUGGUCUUCAAAGUAACCAGUUUAACUGAAUAAAAAUAUCUAAAAAUAUAUUUAACUCAGCUCCAAGGAUAUUUAUUUUUAGUUGGAUUAGCUCAACACAAGCAAUGUCUUAAAUUCAUUGAAAGAAUUCAUUUGGAUCCACUACUUAAUAUUUGAUUUUAUUCUUUAUUGACCACAAAGUGUACAUAAAACCCUCGAUAACAGGAAUAAAUACGUUUUGCAUUUGGAAAAUGUA